CUGCCUUAUAUAUAUGUUUCCCUAGGUGAGGCUCUGCUAGAAAUCACGUUGUAUCAAAAAGUCAAAAAGUCAUUGGUAAUCAAAGACCCGAGAAAAAAAAAAAUUCAUUCUUCAUAUUUCUUCAAAACUUUCAAGAUUUGGUUGUUAUGGAAAGUUUGGAUAGUAUUUCUGAUGAUUAUUCUGAAUCAAGCUUUGAAGACUCUGCUGGAACUUCUUCUUCAUCUAUAGAUAUGGUAGAGGAUGAUGCUUCUUCAUCUUCAUCAUCUUCUUUUGGGCCUUUGUAUGAGUUGUCUGAACUCAUGGCUCAACUUCCUAUCAAGAGAGGGUUAUCAAAGUAUUAUGAUGGGAAGAGUCAGUCAUUUGGGCUUUUGGGAAGUGUGACGAGCCUUGAGGAUCUUGCAAAGGCAGGCAAUUCUUAUAACACUAGAAUGAAGUCGUGUAAGAGCUUAAAUGGAAGAACAUCCUCAUUUGGUCCAAAAGCUACUAUUACAAAGAAGUCUUAUUCAAGCAGGCCUAUCAUAUCAAAUAGUACUCUUGUGGCUACUUGUAGAUCUCCCAUUUCUUUAGAAAAAAAAUUGUAAUAUCCAAAAUUUUCUGAUUGCAUUUAUUUUUAGGAAGCUACUUUUAAUUUAGAAGUGGUUGCAAUCUUCAAAGAAAAUUAGUAGGAUAACAAGAGAAAACAGUGUAACUUUUUAGCAAAGUGUGUCUGUUGAUGAAUGAAGUAAUGAUGGAAAACUCGGGCAACUUAGACCCGUAUAUUUCCUCA